CUUUGGGACCAUUUGGACCAUACAAUGUUCUUCCCUGACUUCAGACCCUUCCUGAGCAGCAGCUCCCUGGAUCCCGACAGCAGGGACAACGAGAGGGGCCACCAAGCCCACGCCGACCUCUGGGGACCGAGCCGCCCCCCGCGGUUGCCCAUGACGCGGAGGUACCGCUCCCGGGGCAGCUCACGCCCCGAUCGGUCCCCUGCCAUCGAGGGGAUCAUCCAGCAGAUCUUUGCGGGGUUUUUUGCGAACUCACCGAUUCCUGGCUCCCAGCACCCGUUUUCCUGGAGCGGGAUGCUGCACUCCAACCCUGGGGACUACGCGUGGGGACAGAGCGGCCUUGAUGCCAUCGUCACCCAGCUCCUGGGGCAGCUGGAGAACACGGGGCCGCCUCCAGCCGACAAAGAGAAGAUCUCGUCGCUCCCGACGGUGACGGUGACUCAGGAACAAGUCG